AUGACAAUGAUUCCUAACAAGAACAAGAAGAAGAAUUUUGUCUUCAACGUCCAGAACCCUAGCCAGGAAACUGCCCUUAAACUGUUUGAUGUCUUACCGAUCGCCCAAAUUCAUGGGAUGGAAAAUUUAUCAUGUCUGGAAGCCAUGAUGAACGCAGCUGUCGUGGGCUGGGAUGAUCUUUACCGAGAAUGGCUUGAACGCGAGAAAAACCUUCGCAGCGAUGUCCAGCGCUACCGAUUUGCGCAAUAUCUCGGCCGGUCGCUACACUACAACUCGUCAGAGAUUCGCACCAAUGCCGCGGCGUUACGUCAAUUCGAUCGCAUGUUGGCGAGCCGUGUAAACAGCAUCAUCAGAGAGAUCCAGGAAACAAGGGCCCGGAACGAAAUUGCCAGCAUCACGGUCUGGGUGAGAUCCCUCAAGGAGGUGAGAGCAUCCUCCCUUUAA